AUGAACUUCAACGCGCUAUACAAUAAAUUUCCAAGGCCAUUGCAUGUUCUGCGAGGAAUCGCUAUCUACAUCAGGGUGCUCUGGCAAGGUGCAAGAGUCAUAACCCCUUGCCAAACGGACUCUCGCGCGUAUUUGCCCAUGCUUCAAAUGUUCCUCGCCUUAUGAUUGCAUCUCCGACGUUGCGAAGUGCUUGGCUCCCCACUCGCCUCUUCAAUUCGGCGUUGAACUCCCCGAGCGAAGGCGAGAUUCCAUGUUUUUCCACCCUCUUGAAUGGUAACCACGUAGCCGCAAGCCCUCCUGUCAAGUUCUCGCUUUGUCGUGAUCUCGUACCGCCGUGUAUCGUCGGGCUUUCAUCGAAUUGACAGGAGCGGUCGCCGCCAAUCGCAUAUAACAGUCCAUGUCGACUUGUCAACGCGAAGGAUGUCUCCUGGUUGUAGCUGUUCGCCAAUCGUACUGCUCGUCGUCGCGCUGGCGUCUGCUUCAAGGGCGGCGCUCCACAAAAUCGUAAUCUUGCUGAUGCUUGCUUUGUGCCAUUUCGGUAUUGAAGCGAAGUCAAGAAGACAGUGCGGACAACAGCAGGCUACGCCGCAAUAUCCACAGUCGCCCAUCGGGUGAUCAUCUUGAUG